UUCACUUCAUCUCUCCCUUCCCUUCAUCCACUGCCAUCUCGCUAUCUCACCCCAUUUUCUUCUUCCCCGGAACCCUGCAGGAUGAGUCGAACCUCCCUGAGUCUCUCUUAUCUGUUUCCCAUCUUCUGCUAACCUUUCUUCACUUCUUUCCCGUUACUGUAAGUUGUAAUCAAAGUGGCUUGGUGGGGAGUGGUGGAGAUGCGCCUCCCGGUGGUUCUUAUCAAUCGAUAUUUUGCAAAGUUUUUUAAAGUUUUCAUCAAGAACUGUUCUGCAAGUUAAGGGGAUAGUGGAUUUUGUCCUGAUUUCUGUCUGAUUUUCCUCAAGAACCAUGGGCUCUUAUUGUGACUUUUGUGGAGAUCAAAGAUCAAUGGUGUACUGUAGAUCAGAUUCUGCAUCCUUAUGCUUGUCUUGUGAUCGAAAUGUUCAUUCUGCUAAUGCGCUUUCAAGGCGUCACUCUCGAACUCUUUUAUGUGAUAGAUGUUAUUUGCAGCCGGCAACAGUUAGAUGUAUUGAAGAGAGCAUUUCACUUUGUCAUAAUUGUGAUUGGAAUGGACACAGUUCUUUCACUUCAGCUUCAGGACAUAAAAAGCAGACAAUUACUUGCUACUCGGGCUGUCCAUCAGCUGCAGAGCUUGCCAAUUUAUGGUCCUUUGUUUCGGAAUUUCCUCCAAUGGCAGAUUCUAGCUGUGAGCAGGGAAUGGGUUUAAUGAGCAUCAAUGAGAACAGCGCCAGUACUUAUUGGGGACCCCUUCCAAACAGUUGUAAUGCAGAUAUUGACAAUAUAAGCAAAAUUAACAAUCUUGAGAAUCAGAAUAAACAGAAUUUUCAUAUUGGUUCUGCUACAUCUUCUCCAACUCCUAUGAUAUGCAGCGCUGAUCAAGAAGCUGGUUCGGUCGAUUCGACACCACCUGAGCCUUCCAAUGCUGGAAUGAAGGAUACUGAAAAUGACAAAGAUGGUUUCUACAAUGGUUUUUCUGGAAAUGUUGACUUGAGUUUUGAGAACUAUGAAGAAUAUUUCGGCACAUCUCAUACACAUGCAGAGAAGCUUUUUGAUGAUGUAGGGAUUGACAGCUUUUUUGAAAUGGAAAGUUCUGCUGCCAAUUCCAACUGUCAGGGUGAAUUUGCUGCUGAGGCCAAAUCCCUGCACACAACCUGCAGUAAUGCUGUAUCUGCUGAUUCAGUGAUGUCAACCCCGGUGGCGAAAGCAAACUCUAGCGUGUUGGUUCCGGCAAGACAAGCUCAUUCCAUUCCUGCUUAUCCGUCUUUUUCUGGUUUGACCGGUGAGAGCAGUGUUGGAGAUUAUCAAGAAUGUGGGGUGUCUCCAAUGCUUCUUGUGGGUGAAACUCAAUGGUAUGCGCCUGGUCCUGAGAGCUCAAUAAAGGCAGCAAACAGGGGUAAUGCUGUCAUGCGUUACAAAGAGAAGAAGAAAGCGCGGAAGUUUGAGAAAAAAAUAAGGUAUGCCUCACGCAAAGCUAGAGCAGACAUUAGAAGGCGGGUGAAGGGAAGAUUCGUCAAAGCUGGUGAAGCUUAUGAUUAUGAUCCGCUAUGCCAGACCUGAAGCUGUUGAAUCUCCAACUUAUAUGUUAAAUCUUCCCUCUUCUUUUCACCAUGUCCUUCCUGCACUGGUGGCAACCGGUAAUACUGCUACUUCUAACAGCUCAUCUGGAAUUGCAAUUUUUGCUUGGUUUCUUUGUUUUGAGGGGCCAUUGUUGAGGGAAGGUGCAAAUAUCAGAAGUAUUUUUCUGCAAAUAUUGGCAGAAUCCUGAAACGACCAACUGGUGGUUGUUCUCAUCAUUCUCUCUUUAAACCAGUAUCUAUUGUGCUUAGCUCUUAGCUCUUAGCUCGCUUUUUUACUGUAGUUGUAUUGUGUAAUUUUUGUUCGUCUUCAGCAUAAAAUUUGUAAAGCGCAUACUGCUUAUUGUGAAAAAUUGUGUAUUCAGCAUGUGAGAGAAACACAUCUAUUGUAUUAGAAGGCUUGAAUAAGAACUUGUAUAGUUGGGUUAACUGUAUUUUUUUUGGCUGUAGAAAAUCAUUGUAAUUUACACUCUGUC